UACACGCUUGUUCUCUCUUGCAAGCGCGUGCCAGGGAUUCCCGUUCCCACUUCCCACCAGCGCCGCCACAAGCCGCCGGUCGCCGAUCCCCCGCCUCCCGCCGUCGCGCGGAGCAUCCAGGCGGGACGCCGACGCGCUCUCUCUUCCCCUGGAUGCCGCGCUCCUCGACAACGACCCGCCUCUGAGCCUCCCUCCUCUCUAAGGCCGGCCAGCCGGCCGCCGACCUGGAUCUGCCUCGUCACCGGAUCAACGCCGCCUCGGCUGUUUGUGGUUAAAUCCAAGGACUUGGUGCGAUAUCAGGUCAUCGAGGGGAGCAAGGACAUGCAAGAGUCAGCAGACACUGAACCUGUUGUUAAAGUACCCAGAGAGCCUGCCAUCAUUAUCAAUGGUGUCCCAGACUUGCCUCCUGAGUUCACAUCUGAUUCACAACUUGCAGUAAGAGAGGCUCCUCGAUCAAGAGUCGAUCACCGCUUGGGGGAAUGGCUAGAGGGGCGCAAAGUGAGGAAGCUGUUUGGAGACACGUACUAUGUAGGGAAAGUUGCCAAGUAUGACAGUCAAAGGAAUUGGUACUGUGUUGUCUAUGAUGAUGGAGACCAGGAAGAUCUUGAGUGGCAUGAACUGGACGAGAUCCUGCUACCGUUGGACAUAACCAUUCCACUCAAAACACUUGUGAUGGACAAAUUCAAACAUCACAAUGUUGUUCGUGACUACAGGACUAAGGUGGCUAGACCAAGAACUAAUGUUGCCAGCAAUAAGAUGGUGGUUAGAGCAGUAAAUGGCCAAGAGUCAAACAACCUACCACUACCAGGGUUGGUUCAGGCGUCAGCAUCAGCAGGAGAAAAUGCUCUAGUAUGUCUGAAACCCAGUGAUCAACCUAAGAAAAGAGGCAGGCCUCGAAAGGAUAGAAGUAUAUCAGGUGAUAUUCAACCUAAGAAAAGGGAGGAUAGAAGUACAUCAGGUGAUACUCAACCUAAAAAAAGAGGCAGGCCUCCAAAAGAACCUGGAGAGAAGAGUAUGGAUAGGCUCAAGUUAGACACUGUCAGGGCAGAAAAACUGAAGAGAGAAAGCAUGCUUCUGCGAGGGGCACCACCUGGAAGUCAGUAAUUCUGAUAAUCAAUGUCACUGUUCCAAUAUAGUAUUUCGUAGAAACAUCCGUUUGAGCGUCAAUUCAUUCCGGACGGAGGGAGUAGUAGACAUCUCUACAUAUUCCAGUCUAUGUAUGCUUGCGGCACUAGCAUUUCAAUGUUAUUUGUACUACCCAGGGUACAAACAAACCUUGUAAGCUAGAUUCCAGAUUUACUAUGUGUGCACUAUCAUAUAACAAUUUCUUUUUGUAUACAUACAAGUAUAUCUGCAAACUGUUUAAAAAAAAUUCUGGUAUGGCGGUCUUAGAAGUUCUCCUUCCUAUACAUACAAGUUGUGGUUGUCUGGCUGAAUGAAUUGUUUUGAAAGAUCA